AUGGUCGGCCUUGAGGGUCCAGCCCCAGCCCCAAUUACAACCACAACAACUGCAGCACCCACUACAACCACAACCACCCCAGCUAAAACCGCUGCAGCCCCAACUAUAAUCACAACCACAGCCGCCCCAGGUACAAACACUGCAGCCCCAACUACAACAGCAAUCACAACCACCCCAACUACAACCACUGCAGCUCUAAUUACAAUCACAACCACAGCCACCACAGCUACAACCACUGCAGCCCCCAACAAAACAACUGUAGCUCCUGUUACAUCCACUGCAGACCCAACUACAAUGACUACUACUGCCACAACCAAUUCAGCCUCAACUAUAACCUCAACCACUGCAGCCCCCACUACAACCACAACCAUUGCUACCCCAACUCCAACCACAACCACUACACCCAUUACAACCGCAACCACUGCUGCCCUAAUUACCACUACAGCCCCAAGUACAACAACCACUACAGCCACAACUACAACCAAAACCACUGCAGCCCCAACUACAACCACAACCACUGCAGCCCCUAGUACAACUACAUCCACUGCAUCCCCAACUACUAUCAUAACCACAGCUGCCCCAGCCACAACCACCACAACCCCCACUACAUCCACAACCUCUGCAGCCGCCACUGCAGCCCCCACUACAACAAACACUGUAGCCCCAGCUACCACCACAUCCGCUGCAGCCCAAGCUACAACCUCUGCAGCCCUAUCUAAAACCAUAACCACUGCAGUCCCCACCACAACCGCUGCAGCCCCUACUACAACCAUAAUUACCGCAGCCUCUACUACAACUGCAGCUGCCACUACAACCACAACCACUGCAUCCCCAACUACAACCACAAGCACUGCAGCCUCAACCAGAACUACAACCACAACGUCAGCCACCCCAGCUACAACCACUACCACUGCAGCCCCUACUACAACCACAAUGACAGCCACCCCAACUAGAAUCACAACUACAGCCAAUACAGCCUCAACUACAACUUUAACCACAGCGACAGGCACCCCAACUACAACUACAACCACUGCAGCCCCCACUACAACCACAACCACUGCAGCCCCCACU